CCCUCUCACUGAUUGCUGUAGAAGUAUUUAUUUAUUUACCCACGUGUCACGUGUAUUGUUUACUUCGCCUUUUUUCAUUUAUGGCUUUAUGCUGACAGCUGUGUUAUUGCUUUUUUCUUUAACAUCUCCCUUUUUCGUUUUAUACUCUCUCCAUUCUCCAUUUUUGUUCCAUGCAAUACAAGUACAAGCUGUUGAGCUGUAAGGCGCCAAUAUAAUAAGCGUCUACAAACUACUCUACCACAAAAUUUAAAAAUUACACUUCUAAAGGUUUGGUAUUGCACAGGUAGAACGUUUGUAUAAGUAAAUCAGUAAUGGCUGAAAAACAGUCUCCAAAACAGCAAGGAUGUUGCAAAUCCAAGUCGUGUCAUAUCGCUCUUGGUUUGAUCGCAAUUUUGUUAAUUGCCGGUGGGGCAGUUUUAUUUGGAAUGGAUAUCGCUGAUAAAUUCAUAAACAUGGAAAUGAACAAACAACUUGUACUAAGUUUGGACUCGCCAGCAUAUUCGCAAUGGAUGAACCCAAAACCACCAAUUUACAUGGAAUAUUGGCUGUUUAACAUAACAAACCCAGAAGAAGUUUCUAACGGAGGAAAACCUGAUGUUACAGAGAUUGGACCAUUCAGGUACAGGUUAUUCCAGCCUAGAAUCGAUGUUGCAUUUUACACCAAUGAUACUGUUGCAUACAAAUACAAUCAUACACUUGUGUUUGUAUCAGAAGGUUCCUAUAACCAUCCAUCUAAAAUUAAUAUCACCCAGGUGAACAUUCCUUUGUUUACCAUCAAAGAAUUAAUUAAAACUCUCCCGUCCUGGGGAAAGACAAUUAUAUCAAAUCUUGUGACUUUGCUUAAAGACAGUGAUGUUUUUGUAACACACUCAGCACAAGAACUGCUUUUUGGUUACCCUGAUCCAGUAUUGGAAAUGGCAAGCCAAUUUCUAAAGGUUUUUGGAGUAAGUCUACCAGGAGAGUUUGGUGCUUUUUAUGGAUUUAAUAACUCAGACGAUGGUAUUUAUCUUGCUAACACUGGGAGGAGUGAUCUCUCGCUUGCAAACGACCUGCAGCGUUGGAAUGGAAUGGAAUCUUUGAACUACUGGUCAACAAAAGAGGCAAAUAUGCUGAAUGGUACAGAUGGUGUAUUUAUGCCACCAAAAGUCACAGACGAUGACCGCCUAUAUAUUUAUACCACAGAUGUGUGUAGGUCUAUGUACCUUGUAUUUGAAAAAGAUACUGAGGUUAGGUCGAUAGCUACAAAGCGAUUUCACCUGCCAGCAGAAGUAUUUGCAAAUGUGACGACUAAUCCUGACAAUGCUGGAUUCUGUGUUCCAGCCGGCAACUGUCUUGAUGCAGGAGUUCUCAGCCUUGCUCCUUGCAAACAAGGUGCUCCAGUUAUUAUUUCUUCCCCUCAUUUUUAUCUCGGUGCUGAGAAGUACAUAAACGGUGUCAAUGGUCUGCAUCCAAACAAAAAUGAACAUGAAACAAUUCUUGAUAUUGAACCAAUGUCUGGUGCAGUGUUUAGCGCAAUGAAACGUCUGCAGUUAAAUGUAGAUAUGAAAAAUUCUACAGUAUUUCCGAAAAUGGCUAACCUCCCCAAAGUAAUUCUUCCUACUUUAUGGUUAAAUGAAAGUGUAGUGUUAGAUAGAGUAACAGCGAAUCAAUUUAAAUCUGAGGUCCUUGGGCUUAUUAAAGCUGUCCAUGCCGUUCCCUGCAUUUUACUAGCAAUUGGAGGUUUUCUAUUUGUCCUGGCACUCGCCCUCCUGGCCCAUCGGUAUCAUAAAGAGAAGACGCAAUUAAACAUACAAGAAGAUAGCAUUAGAUCAUUACUUACGGAGAAUGACAGUUUUACCGAUGGUGCCCAAGCCACAUUUGAUGGCAAUGGAAAAGUAGCUUAAUGCUUUCUCUUUGCAACAAAUGAUAUGGGAUGACAUGAAUCACUGUUAAAUUACUUUUAUAGCUAUAUUUCAUUUUUUGAUUUUUUUCUCACAAUAUAUAUAAACAGUAGACAUGCAGUUGUAGUUUUGGAAGAAAAUGUAUUCAUCUUUUGAGUCUGUGAUCUAUAUAACAGACAAACUGGUGUAAAUGAACUGUGUACAAACUAAAGUCAUGUUUAUUAAGUAAGAUACGUUUAGCCUUAAACGUAAAAUAGUUGUUUAUAUCAUAUUUCUUUAAGUUCAAUUUGUAUAUUCUGUGAAACCACAAAUGCUUCCUAUUCUGUGUUUUUCUUAUUGUAUGUAAUUUGUGAAAAAAUGUGCUAUAAUAAUUAUAAUAUACAGUACUACUAUAUACUACUUUAUAGCCCAUGCAGUUAAAUGUGGAUAUAGAAUUGGAUAUACUUAAUUGUGUUGUUGGCCGAAUGGCAGCACUGUGCUAAUGGGUAUAAAUAGAGUGCUUAUUAUUUAUUAAAAUCUAUAAAAAAAAUAACCAAAUGUCCAAAAAAAAUUUAAAAGCUGAAAUAAGACUAUUUCAGUAACGAUUUAUUUAUUUUUUGAAAUAUCUACUUCGUUUUUGUAGUUUUUUUGCAAUUGUUCUAGUUUAACCACUUGAUUAUUGUGUAUAGUUGCAAUCUUUAUCUGCAUAUUAAAUCUUAUGCUUGCAUUCAUCAUAUUAUUAUAAAGCAUUUCUGUUUCUUUAAUUUAUUGAAG